UCAUUUUCUCAGUAAAAACAUUUAUUUCCAGCUCUUAAAACAAAAAAUGAUGGCGGUUUUGUUUUACAUUACGUCACGAAAGCACAAGACGUCCUCGCGCUACAGUCUCGAGCUCGAUUGCGCGUGAAUUGAAUCUGAGUUGCCAUAGCAACCCGUGAAUUUCUUCCGCAGCUAUAAAAGCCUGAACUCUUCGAUUUCUGAUUGUUGGGUGUUUGAAGGCGAGACUCUCGAGACAGACUUUUAUGUGCCGAGAAAGUGAUUUUUGAAGGAGAUCGGAGCAUUUCUGUGGAGGAUAUUUUCUUUGAAUUGACUUUUUGAAGGAGUUUAACGUUAGAUUAUUUCUGAGGAGAGUUUUAUUUCAUUUAUUUGUUUUCGUUUGGUUGGAAGCGUUUCUUUAACCUAUCUUAUCUUUUCCUUUUCUUUUCUUAUCUAUUCUUUUCUUUUCUCAUUGUGAAAGAGAUUUUUAGGAUAUUUUCGAUGGCUCACAUGGACAAAAGACGAGCUUUGGGCCGCUCCAGAUCCGCUGCUGCUUUAACCCAGAUGGCUGCUGGUCAGGAGGCUGGGAGACAGUGUGGAGACCACAUUCAGAAAGCACUGUCAACCCCAACCCGGCCGUGGAGUCCAGAGCUGCCUGGCUAUAUCGCUCCUCUGCCUUCGGAGUCGACUCAAAGGAGGAGGAAGCGGCAGAGCUCGGAGGAUGAAGAUCCCUGCACCUCGUACGAGAGACCCGCCAAACGCUCUGCUGAAGAUGCGUAUAUUAAGGGCCCAAUGCUGGGUCAAGGUGGAUUCGGCUCUGUGUUUGCUGGGACCCGCAGCUCUGAUCGAUUGCCAGUGGCCAUCAAGUACGUCACUAAAGACGAGGAGCACGAGGACAUGGAAGUUGAAGGUCAGGGUCUUCUGCCGCUGGAGGUCGCGUUGAUGACCCGGGUCAAUUCAGCUCCUGUCUGUCCCAGUGUCCUGAAGCUGCUGGAGUGGUUUGACCAUCCCGACCGCUACGUCAUGAUCCUGGAGCGGCCGGAUCCUUGCCAGGAUCUCCACAGGUUCUGUGAGGAGAACGGCUGUCUGGAUGAGAGCCAGGCCAAGAAGGUGCUGCUGCAGCUCAUCGAGGCUCUCAAACACUGCGAGAGCCGCGGCGUCUUCCACCGGGACGUCAAGCCACAGAACCUGCUCAUGUGCCCCGACACCAGCGAGAUCAAGCUGCUGGACUUUGGCUGCGGACACCUCCUGAAGGACUCGGAGUAUAAAGAGUUUGCAGGCACUCUUUCAUACGCCCCUCCGGAGUGGUUUUGUUCCCACAGCUAUCGUGCCGGACCAGCUACUGCUUGGUCGCUGGGUGUGACGCUCUACAAGCUCCUGUGCGGUUCUCUACCGUUCAAAAGCGCACGGAGGGUUUGCAGACUGCGCUUCCCGAGUCACCUGUCUGCAGGCAAGAGAUGGCAAACAUGCAGCUGUUCACAGACAGAAAUCACGGCCGGAGCGAGCAGAAGUUGAUGUUGUGUUGCUGAAGUACUGUGUUGUAUGUAACAGACUGCCGUCAGUUGAUUAGAUGGUGUCUUAGAGCAGCAGCGGACGAGCGUCCCAGCUUACAGGACAUUGAACAGCAUCCCUGGUUACGCUCCACAGGUGGCCAAUCACAGCACACUCAUCUCAAUGACUCGGUGUUGAUUGGACAGUUGGAUUGUCCUGUCAGGAUAAAUGAUGGUAACUGGCUGUAAUUGUGAACAUAGGGUGAGCGGGAGUGCAGCAGAGACAGUGAGGACGAGUGGACAGCAGGCGUUUCGUGUGUUUUGUGAUGCUGUGCUUCACUCUGGAGCGUGACUGAGGGCUCUGUGUGGAUGCUGGAGGAGCUGGACACACAGCGCCGGCUCAAACCAGAGUCCUGAUGCUACAGAGAUCCGCUCCAGACUGAGCCUAAACCAGCAUGCAGCGGCUUUCAUAAGGAAAGGAGAAGAGAGACAAAAACAUCAAACUUUAGGCAUAAUUUAACUAGAGUUGUCAUUUUUAGUUAAUUAAAACCUCAAGAAAAUAUUUCUGUUACUUGAAAUAAAAUAAACUUUAAAGCUUGUUAAAAAUAAAGAUGAAAAAAGAGGAUCUAAAUGCAGCAGCUAGACUUUAUUUACUCAAAAACCACUAGACGUGAAGAGGAUCAACUACACUAGGAGGUGAUUUCCCGGACAGGGUUUAAAUUAAGACAGGAGUGGGAUUAAUCUAGAAUAGUCAGUGGUUUAAAAAAUGGCUUUCUGAAAACAAUAGCAGCAGAAAAAAGACUGCAAAAAAAAAAGGAACAAACAAACAAACAUAAAAGUUACUGAACAAGAGAAAACAAGUAAACUGCACACAUCAUGUGUCGAAUAAAAGAAUAGGAAUGCCUAGGAAUCUCUUUGUAAUGAAUUAUCGUAUAAAUUACAGGUUGCGGUCAGUUUUGCAAUAUUUUUAUUGUUAUUAUUUAUUAUACAUAAAGCAAUUGUGAUUGUGAAAAUAAAUAUGUAUGGCUUAUCCUUCUGAUCUUUCAUUAAAAAAGUAAAUACAAAUAAAAUAAAUGUAAAAAAAAAAAAAAUCACAAAAAUCUAACUUUUCUACAAAGUCACAUUGUGAAAAAAAUUCUCUAAUACACAUUGGCCACAAUUAUUUGUAGUCUUAGAAAUGAUUAUGAGUAUGAUCUCUAAAGAUCUAUAUUUCCAUUCAUAUGUACAAUUUUUAGCACACCAGGGUGACUAGGAACAUGAAAUUAUCCAGCCGUGAAUUCCUGUUUCACAGGAAUAUAAGCAACACAAAGGCCAAAUUCUCUUUAUCAUCCAUCACAACUAAAACCCCCCAAAGAUUUCUGUUGUGCAGCAACAGAUUGUUCAGCUUUACAAAAUAUAAAAUCAAGAAAAUAGCACAAAAUAGUCCAAAAAAAGAAAAGAGCUAAAGUAUUAAACAUUUUCAUUUCCACCAUUAGGGCAAUAAUUAAGGAGUUCCAGUCAACAGGAAAUGUUACAGAUCUGCCUACAGUAAUUGUCUGUGUCUAUAUUGUCUUAAUGCAACGUGAGGAGGAGAGUUUGAGUGUCCAAAGACUCUCCGAGGAUCACAGCUGGAGAAUUGCAGAAAAGAGUUGAGUCUUGGGGCCAGACAGCCUUAUAAUGGACCGUGGUUGGAUCUUCCAACAGAACAAUGAUCCAAAAGGACCAUCAAAAUCAACACAAAACGGGUCACUGAACACAAAACAAAGGUUCUGGCAUGGCUGUCCAGUUCCCUGACCUGAACCCUAUAGAAAACUGAAGAGGAGAGAGUAUCAACACUGAGCUGGGAAUCUGAAGGGUCCGAGUGAUUCUGGAUGAAGGAAUGGUCUCUAAACUCUUGUUCUCCAAACUCAUCAGGCAUUAUAAGAGAGACUCGUAGCGGUUAAACUGGCAAAAGUAUUUUUUGAAAUAAAAGUUCAAAAUGAUUAACAGUGCAGAUUUAUUUUCACAGGCUUCUUUGUUCAUAUCUACCAAAGGUACCAAUAAUUUUGACAUAAAGACUGGAGAAACAACCUUAAUCUGAAGUUAAGUCUGCCUCCUGGUAGGUUUAAUUUAAACCUCAGUUUAGUCCUGAAGUAGCGCUAGUCUUCCUCCAGGAAAUCAGCCUAUUAAAAUCUGGACUAGACUAAGUCUAAGACUAUUUAAAACCAUGACAGAUAAUGCAGAUUUCUGUUAAUCUGGUUUAAAGGGCCAUUUUAUUCUAGGACUAUGCUUAAUAUCUGGGUCUGGGAAAACACCCCUAGAAUUUAUUCCUCAAAGCCUUAAAGUUAAUCCAGGAACAUAUGUUCAUCCUAACUAUUGCCCUUCAUACUGGAGUCUAAAUAAAUUCCUGAAUACUUGUACAGUGUUUACCUGUGCGAUACCUUUCUAUUAAUUAAAGUAGUUUGUUUAUGUUUAUGAGUCCACAAAAAUACAGUUAAAAUGUCCUAUUUGUAUAUCUAUAGUGCACUGCACUGUGUACCAGACAGCAGUGUCAUAUUUAAUAUAUCUCUGAAAAUGACGGAGGAUUAUAGAUUAAAAUCGGCCAAGUGGUGCAGUAGGACUUUUAAGAUACUGUCUAUCAGCUUUCAGUGUCAGAAAAGAUUGAGGCUCACUGAUCAAAUAAACCCAGUAGAUGGCGAUAUGCACACAGAAUAUAAACUUUAAAAAUAAAAACGUGCAUUAAAAAAUAAAU